GAGUGAAAUUUGGCAAGUGCCCUCGAAAAGAAACAGAAAGAGAGGAGAUGAUUUAGUUUUGGAGAAGCAGCGGAGGAGCCGAGGACACAGAGCUGAUCUCCUGUCUGCUGAGACUCUGCUGAGGAUGAGGAUGGAGGUUUUGUCCAGGAUGGAGGCUGCUGGAGUCGUCGUGUUGAUGCUCAGUCUUCACCACAUGUGUUUAUCGUCUGCUCAGGACUGUCCGUCCACCCAUGACCUACUGAACUCCCUGCGACAGGUGGAGAAGAUGCUGGUGGUCCACGAGGCGUCGUACCAGCAGGGCCUCCGCUCCCUCAGAAAGAAGAUCAGCGCCCUGCACAACAGCACUAUGGCCAUCUUUAAGGCGGGAAAAAAUGUGUCCUGCCCCAAACCAGAGCUGCCAGCUCAUGGCCGCAGGCUGGGAAGAGUAUUUGGCGUCGGACACGAGGUCCACUUCCUGUGCAAACCCGGCUACGAGCUGAUUGGUCCGCGGACUCGAGUGUGUCUGGAGUCUCUGAAGUGGAGCGGUCAGCAGCCGAUGUGCAGACGCUUCAACAGCACCGAAAACUCCCUGGCCUCCUUCUCUCCUGCUGCUCCCUCCUCUUCCUCCUCCUCCUCACCCUUCCCAGGGUCUGCUGCUCUGUCAGCAUCCUCCUCCUCCUCAUCAUCCUCCUCAGCAUCUUAUACCCUCUCCUCCUCAUCACCUACAUCCUCCCCUCCCUCCUCCGUCCGACCAUCUCACUGCACCCACUUCCUGGGCUCCACCCGUUGCACCUGUGACGUGGGUUUCACCAUAUCAGGCCGCGACAACAACAUCUGCACAGACAUCGAUGAGUGUCGUCUGUUUCCUCUCGGUCAGCCCGGUCGUCUUUGCGUCCAUCAGUGCGUAAACACUCCUGGCAGCUUCCACUGCUUCUGUCCAGCCGGGUACGAUCUUGCCAGGGACGGACGCAGCUGCACAGACAUGGACGAGUGUGAAAACCGGAUGCACAACUGCACAUCGAACCAGGUGUGUGUGAACACCUACGGAGGUUUCCAGUGUGUGACGGUGGAGUGUCCUCACAUGAAAAACGCCACAUACAUCAAGACAUCACCCAUGCGCUGUGAGAGGAACCCGUGCAUGCUGGGAGACAAGGCGUGCACUCAGGCGCCAAACUCAAUCUCCUUCCACUUCCUGUCCGUGGUGUCCAACAUGUCCGCCCCUCGCGUCCUCUUCCGGGUGUCGGCGGCUCGUGUGCUGGGCGACACGCUGCGUUUUGGGCUGGCGGGCGGCCGCGGACGGGGCCACUUUAGCGUGCAGCGGUCGGGCCGACAGACCGGCACCUUGCUCCUGGUGACGCCCAUCAAAGGUCCCGCCACUCUGGAGGCCGAGGUGGAGAUGAGCGAACUGGAGCGUAACGCCCUGCUGGGCCGGUACCUCACCAAGGUCACCCUGUUCGUCUCUCCAUACGAGUUUUAAAAGGAGGACUGGUGGAGGAGGGGUCAUUAGAGUUAAUGGGCAUUUGGUGGCAAAGAAUUAGCCUAAACCUUUAGAGUCCAACUCAAAUCACAACAGUAAUCCUGUUCAGAAAGUCACGUUAAAGUCAAUUAUAUUUUAAAUAGGGAAUAAAAACGGCCAAAGUAUGUGUUGGACUGACAGUGAUCUCAGCUAGUGCCCCUCAUGUGCAGACAUUACAUUCAAGUCACACAGCUACACAUCCAGUUUCUGAAAGAUAAAUACCCAGUCAUUUAUUACCUUUAUCCAACCUGUCAGCUGAAGUUCAACUGUAUCAAAACACAAAGAUGGAGGCUGGAAAUGACAAAUCUAGAACACGAACCAAACUUAUAAUCACUUCAAUUUAAUCUACAUUGACAUUAUAAUAAUAAUAAUAUCUAUAUAGCUCCUUUCAAGGAACAGCUGCAACAAGACAAGAUGAAAAUUUAAGUCAAACAAUAGAAAACAAACAGUUAAAGAUUAUACAGCAACUGAGGAGGAAAUAAAGGAGUGAAAGUCCUAUGGAUGAAGAUAGGAUGAGGUUAAAAUAAAAAAUACGGCCAAGAGAAUGACUUUGUGUAUUAAUAGGUGUUUGUAGCAGUUAAAUUUCAGUUGGACUGUAAAGUUUUAAAAUAGCAUGAAUUCUGAACGCCAGAACAUAAAUUCAUACUUUUUUACUCACCAAAGACUUGAGUUAAAUUUUCCUAAAUCUACUCACACCAUCAUCCUGCAUUUUCUUACAUGUGGGAUAGAGGGAGGUCAGAUCAGAAACAUCAGGUGAUUUUAAAGUGAAUGAGAACCUGAACCGAAGAGGAUCAUGUAAUGAUUGCAAGUGCAGGAACAGGAACCUCAAACAAACUGAAGAGUCCCACCAAGUCCUUAUGGGGGUUAAGGGGGGGGUGUCAAACCACUGAGUGUUUUUAGCCUCAUGUAGGUGAUUUACUGUAUCUGUUGAACUUCUGUAAAACUAUGAAUUCUGUACAUAACUUAGCCAAGUAGAUGAUAGAUACCAAAUUAGUUUGACCCAGCAGAAGGUUUAAAGUAUCACAGAGACCUGGUCAGGAGAUCUAGACUCAGUCUGGGGUUUUGAGGCUGAAGUGAUAAGAACCAGUCACUAAACUGCAACAACAGUUAAAGACUGAAGGUGCAUCGUAUUUAUCUGUCCAGUCUGUCUCUGUUUGACUUCAGUCUAUGAUGACAGGAUCUGACUGAAUGAGCUGUGACUGGUCAGAUCUCCUGACCAAUGGAAAAGCAGAAGGUUUAAUCAGACGUGUGCAAACCAUCAACUGAGGACGAUAUGAUCGUUUCCUGACUUUGGUGAAAACGUGUUGAGUGUGCAGACAAACAGGAGCUUUUGAAAAGUUGAAAUCUUGACACUAAUAUAUAGAAACACACUGCGUGCUUAUAAUCACAACUUCAGUAUCUUGUUAUUAUGAUCUUUUUUAUUGAUUUUUAUUAUUGUAAAAUCAUUUUUGAUUAUUACGUUACUCUCUGAUUGUAUCGCAUGAACUUCAGAACUAAUACAUAAAGAAACAAGUUGUUUUUCAGCUCAGCCUGAAACGUCUGAACACCUUAAAGACAUUUUCUUUAGAACUCACGGUGCACAGACUUUUCAGCUGGUUUCUCUGUGGUCAAUGCACUGCUCUUCUACUGGAAUACACAUGUAACCAACAUGAAUCCAAACAUUUUGAAAUAUUUAAAAUGGCUGAAUUGAAUCAUCCCCAGUUUGUUUAGUUCCUUCUUUAUCUUUGCAUUUGUUUCUGAGCUUAGCGUCAAUUUUGCAUUGUGGAGUUUCCAAUGAAGACUUAAAACUAAGGGUUUUAAAGGACCUUAACCUCCAUGAGGGGAUCCUCAUAGAUUUACUCUCAAGAAAAACAAAUGCUUGGCUGUGAUCUGAAUGUAAAAAUAAAGCAUGAGCUCCACAAACUUGGACUAUGUAUGAGUCAGUACAUUUCUGUGUUUUCUGUUUUUGUAUUUUAUCUUCUGUCCAACAAAGAAUAAACAUGUUUACUCCAA